CCGGAGCCCAUAUCUACAACAACAACUAGCAACUGGCAUAGAGUUAGAGUCCACGCCAUCAUUCUAGAACCCUUGUCCGAGUCACAACUUCUCCUCCCGAUGUCUACACCAAAUCCGGAACUUUCUGUCAUGUCUGUCGCUGGCCCAUCGUCGAGCCGCAAGCGAACCUCUGAACAGCUCGAUCCGUCUACCAAGAAUUCGAUAGACGCUCAACGGCAACCUCCGGAAGACGAAGGUCAAGAUCAACCUCGUGCGCGCAAAAGAGUGGCGACGGGCGAGCUUGAUGCGAUGGAUGAACGAGUAGAUGGGAAUAAGGAUGUCGAUCGGGACUCAGGGAAAGCAGUGGAUGUAACCAGGGAGGAACCGGAACCUGGGGAUAUGCAACGAGAACGGGCGAGUGAACCUACAACGGCUACAACGACAACGAUGGGCGAAAUACAUUCGCAAGAACAGCGAUUGCCGUCGAAAGUGCCAGCAAUAUCUCCAGUGGCAUCAUCGUCGAAUCAGAAGACUUCCUACGAAACGACAAAGGUGGCCGUCGAAGGUGCCGUUAGACGAGGAGCUAACAGAUGGACCGUCAAAGACUUGAAGAAAGCCUACCCGAUCAUCUCGGCUCCUAAAGAGCGGACGAAGGCCUUUGAAAAACUGUGGUUGGAGACUUCGGAAGGCUUGAGGGCGAAGAUGAUUAAUCAAGCGGACGCAAUUAUAGAGCAUUACGAAGUCAAGCCCGCUCUAGAUCGCUUAGAAUUGGCCGUUGAAGAGGCUAGAGUGAGGAAGGCGAGGAUUCUGCGAGGCGAAGAAGGGGUUUACGUGGCGGAUAUUUGGAGACCGGAUUUGUCACCACAGGCAUUGACUGCGGCUUAUAAUUUGCCCAGAUAUGACGCGGUCUACACUCGAUUGCGAGAAGAAUACAUACAGCUGUUCAAGGACUGUGAGAGAUUGGCCGGAGAGGUUGAUGGGAAAAAGAAGCGGAUGGACGAGAUCAAGGACCAGGUCAUUCAAGCCAACGAGCAGUUGAAGGAGACGGCGGACAAGCUCGAGAACGUACCGGGAGAUGGGAUCAAGAUGUGGAUGGGGGAUGCAGCCUCCAACGACAAGGCCAGUCGAACCAUGGCUUGAUCGUGCAAGGAUCCACGGUGUGGGCUUACUUGUUGAGACUGGGGGAUCAUGUGUGCGUUUUCCUGUAAAGCGUCUCGAGUAUUUUUCCUACCCGCUCGCUAUGCCCCUGACCACUCGGUUCUUGUCUCUUCUGACCUUCCCUUCCGCUUCGUUC